AUGCUGCUGGCGCCGGCAAAGGAGCGCUCGGCGCGCAACACGAACCUCCAGCGCAUGGACAAGUCCAUCACAGUUCUCAGCGUCAAGUUCUGUGAUAUGCUCCGUAGCGCACCGGACGCCGUCAACAUAGUGCACGCGGCCAAAUCACUAGGUACACAGAAGCGCCGGCUGCACGAGAUCUUGAACAUCAUCCAAAGCGUCGGGCUCAUCGCCAAGGUCGGCAUCGGCCUCUGCCGCUGGCUCGGCGACGAGGCCAUGCUCGCGACGCUGCAGCGCCUCAAGCAUCCUUCGCCCGACGAAGCGCCCGUCGCGAGGAAAGCCGUCGCAACGGCGCUCAGCGAGCGCUUCCUUCAAGUGUUUCUGCACCAGGAACGACCGGAGCCCGUCGUGCUCGAAGACAUCAUGCAUGUCGUGACCGCCGACAUUGCAGCAUGCGGCGACGAGCACCCCGUGUCGCCAACGCGUCGCAUCUACGACAUUGCCAACGUGCUUUGCUCGCUCAACCUCAUCAAGAAGAUCCUCGUCAUCAAGCCCGAGACGCGGCGAAAGCACAUCACUUUCAUCUGGUGCGGUCCGUGCCCGACCCACCUCGCGCGCAGCGACGAGGGCCCGCCGGCCAAGCGCCAUCGCCACGACGUCUACCCGCGCAUCCGCCUCCUCGAGCCGACCGACUCGGACGCGACGUCCACGGCCGACAGGAGCCCGCCGUUCUCGCCGCCGCUGGUUUUUCCACCAACACAUCACCAUCGCCCAUUGCCAAUGCUCGAGGUCUCGCCUUUGUACCUCAUUUUGCGCAACGAACAGCUGGGCAAGGAGCUUGCCGAGUCGAGAGCGCGCGAAUCCGAGCUCACAGCGCGGGUCGCUCGCCUCGAGGAGCAGCUUCUCAAGUCCGCGCACCUCCGCCGCCCGCCAACGCUCCGACCGCUACCGUUCCAGACUGAGCUCGACGCGCGCGGCGCGACGUCGCCGACACACACGUCGCUCAUGGCCGCGUCGACGCUGCUGAGCUUUACGCCGCGCGACGGGCGCAAGGACGACAAGGAGAACGUGUCGGCGCGCAACCGCGGGUUCUCGCUCGAGGCCAACACUGAGCCGCGCUUUUGCAGCCUGCCAGUUCCGCGAUUUUCCUAA